GUCUUUCUGCCCCACUGUCAGGUAGUUGAGAAUUUGUUUGUCCAAAGCACUGGCAGACAUGGACAUGGCAGACUACAGCGAGGCUCUGGACCCAGCCUACACCACGCUGGAGUUCGAAAACAUGCAAGUGCUCCCCUUGGGCACAGACUCCUCACCGGCAGAAAGUGCCAACAUGAACGCCACCGGCCACCUGGCAGCAGGCAGCCUGUGUGCCAUAUGUGGAGACAGAGCCACUGGCAAACACUAUGGCGCCUCCAGCUGUGACGGCUGCAAGGGCUUCUUCAGACGCAGCGUCCGCAAAAACCACAUGUACUCCUGCAGGUUCAACAGACAGUGCAUUGUGGACAAAGACAAGCGAAAUCAAUGCAGAUACUGCAGACUGAAGAAGUGCUUCAGAGCUGGCAUGAAGAAAGAAGCUGUGCAGAAUGAAAGAGACAGAAUCAGCACCAGGAGAUCCAGCUAUGAAGACAGCAGUUUACCAUCCAUCAAUGCACUCAUCCAGGCAGACGUGCUGUCAAGACAGAUCACCUCCCCUGCUCCCAUACUGAAUGGCGACAUAAGGACCAAAAAGAUCGCCACCAUCACAGAUGUGUGCGAGUCCAUGAAACAACAGCUGUUGGUGUUGGUGGAGUGGGCCAAGUACAUCCCAGCCUUCUGUGACCUGCCCCUGGAUGACCAGGUGGCGUUGCUGCGAGCUCACGCUGGAGAGCAUCUCCUGCUUGGUGCUGCAAAGAGGUCCAUGCUGUACAAAGAUAUCCUCUUAUUAGGAAAUGACCACAUCAUUCCUAGAAACUGCCCAGAGCUGGAGGUGGGCAGGGUAGCAGUGAGGAUCCUGGAUGAGCUGGUGCUUCCCUUCCAGGAGCUUCAGAUAGAUGACAAUGAAUAUGCCUGCUUGAAAGCCAUAGUUUUCUUUGACCCAGGUACUACUACUGAACAACAUGCGAAAGGUCUGAGCGACCCCGUGAAGAUCAAACGGAUGCGAUACCAGGUCCAGGUCAGCCUGGAGGACUACAUCAACGACAGGCAGUACGACUCUCGGGGGCGCUUCGGGGAGCUGCUUCUGCUGCUGCCGACGCUACAGAGCAUCACCUGGCAAAUGAUUGAACAGAUCCAGUUUGUCAAACUCUUUGGCAUGGCCAAGAUCGACAACCUGCUACAAGAAAUGCUUCUUGGAGGUUCUGCCAGUGAAGCUCCACAUGCACCUCACUCUCUGCACCCUCACCUGGUUCAAGAGCACCUCAGCAGCAAUGUUAUAGUGGCCAGCACCAUGCCAACGCCGAUCCAUAACGGUCAAAUCUCCACUCCUGAAACCCCAAUCCCAUCUCCGCCCACUGCCUCCAGCUCAGAACAUUACAAAAUGGCUCAGGGGGUCAUAGCCACCGUGCCCAAGCAGCCGACCUCCAUCCCUCAGCCUACCAUUACAAAGCAAGAGGCCAUCUAGCAACCCUCUGAAUCCUUAUUCCUUCAGUUUUUUUUUUAUUGUGUUAAACCAGAAUAUUUGUAUGUAAGUUUAUACACAAUCAGCAAUUGAAGCUGUAAACUUGACUGAAACAAUAAAGUAGCUAAACACAUAGAAUGUAAUUGCAAUUAUGUCCCUUGGAGAUUUCUAGUCUGAGUCUUCAGUGGUCUGUUCAUUCACACCAGCAGCUGCAGCUGAGCUCCACAGCUCGGCGAAAGCCAGACAAAACUUUCAACAAGUUGAAAAGAGUUGAAACUUUCCAGGCAAACUGUUGUUCUGUAAGAUCGACGUACAUUAUUGUAUAUAUAGUUUAGUAUUGGGUAAUGUCAUUUCCUUUAGCAUGGCCUCAGUGUGUGCAGUAAGGCUUUUGUUAGACAUGGUGAUGUGAUCAUGUCAGUACUUUAUGAAUGUUACAAAAGGCCUUACAAUGUAUUUAGUGUUGCACAGUAUUUUGUUUUAUGUUCAUUAUUGAUAAAAUGGUUUCAGUCAUGAACUCAGAAAAUGUCAUUUAUCAAAGCUAAAGGAAAUUCCUUGAAUGAGUUCAGCUGUUUUGAGGGGUCUCUGUAAUAUUCUGUGACUAAAAUUGUUUUAUAUGCUGGAAAAUGCAUAUUUACAGUAGUAAAAUGUAACAUGUUAAAAUUUUACACCAAGAAAUCUUGGUGAGCUCUGUGGUGCCACUUUGUAAAAGUCACAGGCAAACACACUGAGGAAGUUUCCCAAUAAUAUGUUGUAUUGGUUUUUAAAAAACAUAUAUUAUAUUUUUUGUUUAGUACUUUGUCAUGGUUUAACUGAUGGAAUAAAUUGUGCCUUGUAACCUGUACUGCCUUUCAAAAACAGGCAAUGUUUCGCCUUACAAUGUGAACAUGAAUGAAUAAAUCUCAAGAUCUAUUUUUA